AUGGAAACAAACAUCUCACAAGCCUUCCAGAAAGAACUCACCUGCUUCAUCUGCCUGAGCUGCCUUAUAGAGCCAGUCACUGUAAGCUGUGGCCACAGCUUCUGUCGAGCCUGCCUCCACCUUUCCUGGGAAGACAUCCAACCUCCUGUCCCAUGCCCUAUGUGCAGGAAACCAUCUCAGAAGAAGGGCUUGAGAACUAACAUUGUUCUGAAGAAGCUGGUGUCCAUUGUCAGACAAACCAGCCUCAUGAAGGACCUGAGCUCUGAGGAGCAUAAGUGUAUGACACACAAAGAGACAAAGAAGAUCUUCUGUGCUGAGAACAGGAUCUUCCUCUGUCAACCCUGCUCUAACUCCCAUGAGCACAGAGGACACAGACACUGUCCCAUUGAAGCAGCUGCUGAGAGUCAAAUGGAACAACUUCUAAAGCAAAUGGCAUCUUUAUGGGAAAAGAUCCUAGAAAAUCAAGAGAAUUUAAAGGCAGAGAACAGAAUGACAACUCUGUGGAUGGACUACUUGACUCUCCGGGAAGAAAUGAUCAGGACAGAGUAUAGAAAGCUACAUCCACUCUUCUGUGAAGAGGAAGAGAAACAUAUUGAGUCUAUGAGAAAUGAAGGCCAACGUGUUUUAGAGAAACUCAGGACAAGUGAAGCCAUGAUGAUCCAAAAGAGCAAAGAACUAAGAGAAACAUAUCAGGAGCUGAUGGCAAUGUCCCAGGAGCCAUAUGUGGUCCUGCUGCAGGUUUUGGAUGACAUAAUCAGAAGGAAUGAGUCAUUGGAGCUGAGCAUGCCCCAGGCUGUGAAACUAGAACUCAAUGCCCUACCCAUCACUGGACUGAUUGAAAAUUAUAAGCACUUCCAAGUGCACAUCUUCUUUGAAAAUAUAAUUGUACUCUAUUACAAGAUGAACCUAUUUAAUGUUAUGAGAAGAUUCAUCUUCAGACCUCACCAUAAGGAUACAUCUGUGAAUUCUGCUGGAUCCUGCUUGGCUUCCUGGGGAUCACAGAGCUUCAUCUCAGGGAAAUAUUACUGGGAGCUGGAAUUGAAGGACUCUUGGGAUUGGGCUGUGGGGGUCUGUAAGGAUUCCUGGUUAAGGAGUAGAAACCAAAUGAAUGAAUGUGAAGGUGCCUUUCUUCUUGUGUGUGUGAAGGAGGAUAAUCAAUACAGUCUCCUCACCACAUGCCCAGUUUUCCAACACUACAUAGAGAAGCCACUGGGCCGAGUUGGUGUAUUCCUUGAUUGUGAGGAUGGAUGUUUAAGUUUCAUGAAUGUUGCCAAGAGUUCCCUCAUAUACAGGUAUCCUCCUGACACCUUCAAUUAUCCUGUCAAGCCUUACUUCUCCAGGGGCCAAACAUGA